GUUGAGUGCAAAAAUAUAAAUAGAUAGUAUUUGGAGAUUAGUUAAAAGGAUUUAAUGUCAUUAACGCUGAGGUGAUGUGGGUGCGACUGUUAGGACCUGCUGGCAGGCGACGAUAGUAUAAAAAUUUUUCUUUUUUAAUUUAUCAUAGCGCAGUCAGGUGCAGGUGUUAGUUAAAAAGAACUCGUUAUUUUAGACGGACGUUAAUCCUCUGCAUAAGGUUGGGCCUGAAAGCUUGAAGACUAAUAAGUGACGGACUGUAUUGGAUAGUUAAGUUUUCUUUAAAUAUUACAUUGCUGAGACUUUGUGCCAACAGUGUUCAAGAUUUUUAGGAGUAAAUGUACGACAGCAUAUCGUAAUGAAGACAUGACGUGGAGAAUAGACAGUGAACGCAUGUAUAUGUCUGUAGCAUUAGAAAUCUGUGGUAUAACAGGUGGUGCCCCAUUAUCACCAUUCAAUAAACUACAGCACGUAAAUGCAUAUAGAGCAUAAUACGAUUACGUCGAUUUAAGUGUUGAGGAUAUUCGUCUUUUUUAACCAAAAAUACAACCACGUCACAGCAUUCAAACGACUCAACGAUGUCCGACUUAUGUCGAAGCUGCUCACCUUGCAAAGAAAUAUCUCUAUGCAUAAGAAAGUACUGCGAGUAGUAAAGUGAAAUUUCCUUAGUAACCGCCCUAUCGGAUUUAUCAGAGAUGAGUCUGCCACCUUUUUGAUAAGGUGUUACGAGCUUGCUGGCGCUACGGUCGGCGAUACUUCCGCCAAGUCAAAUUAACGAUUGUAUAGUGUUAUACAAAGUUCGCGAUGACGAAUACGGGAAGUGACAAGUCGUCGAGCAGUACAGAGGUCGAAACGACAGGCGAAGAUCCACAUUUUUCAGAUGGAGCUGAAUUCGAUACUGCAGAGAGCGAUGGUGGAGACUUGAGUGACAUAGAAGAAGAAUUGCUCCAGGCUGCAAGAGCCGGAGAUGUGUAUCGCAUUCAAAAAAUUACCGAGCAGCAUUCGUCCAUAGAUUUGAACUGCAAAGGGCGACACAAAUGGAAUUACCAAUGGACACCACUGCAUCUUGCAGCCUAUUUUGGCCACCUUGAAGCCACCAGGAUCCUUCUACAAAAGGGGGCCACUCCGUCGGCUUCUAACGGUGAAGGGGAUACGCCGUUACACAAGGCUGCUUUGACGGGGAGAGAGCCGUUAGUGAUGUUGCUUUUGACUUACGGUGCUGAUGUGUUCGUCGUGAAUGCUGAGGGAAAUUCGGCCUACGAUGUAGCCUCUGAACUCUACAUUAAAAACGUGCUAACGGCAGCGGAACUCGCGGAUAGGAAACGUAGAGAAGAAAUGUUUUUCCAGGCAGUAAAGGAUGGAGAUGUUGCUGGUAUCCAAAAAUUAUUGAACAGUGGUAGCAAGAGAUCCGUGCUGCCAUCUUCUGAAAUGCUUGGCUACGAUUUAAGUACGUCGAGCCCCAGAAGUCGUCGCGCACGGCUUUCGAAAACUAAUGUACCUGAUGUCAAUUGCGUUGACGCCGUUGGCAAUUCCGCACUGCAUGUCUCUGCUCACAGAGAUCUUCAGGCUGUAGCAGUUCUACUUCUGCAGUGCGGAGCUAACCCCAAUUUGCAAAAUCGACGAGGGUUGAUACCCGCGGAUUUAGCUCGGUCUGAGCAGAUGGCCAGAAUACUCAAAGUGGCUCCUAUCCGUGAAAUUAAGAACUCAGUGUCUCGUUUUGAAGGACCCAUCAUUCGAAAGAAACGUUUUUUUGGGACACAGGCAGUUUGGGCAGUUGUCGAUCGUGGAGUUCUUUCAUUCUUCCGGAAUCGUGCCGACGCAUCAAUUGGCUCGCGUCGAAAGAGAUUUCAUUAUUUGGAAGGUGCUGUCGUUUUGGCGGAUUCUCGUGAUGAACGUUGCUUGACUGUGGUGAGUGCGAAUGGCUCCUCGGAAAACCUAUCGGCAGCGACGGCGUUAGAGAGAGGUCGUUGGGUCCGCGCUCUCAAGGAGCACGCCACCUUCGGACCGAUGCAUGCUGUAAACGACCAAAAUGGAUUAACUUUUUUGGAUAAUAAUGAUCAAAUUCCACUCCUAGGAUUUGUACAGAACGCCCUUAUGACGGCUCAGGCCCAGCAAAGCAUCUUAGCCAGUGAAGUGGCGGAGGCCGCCCGAUUACAUACAUCAUUCCUGGCCACGUCCUCGAAAGAAGGAGAAUUCAGUGUUCGUGCACAGAACGUCUCUCUCCUCCUUCGAGCCCAAUUGGCUCGAGUAUCUGAAUCUGGCCACAAUUUUCUGUCGUGCCUCGAAACCUGCCUAUUACUUAUGAAGCAGCAUGAGGAGACAAAAACUAUACUUUUUGCUCAAGAAAUUGAAAAAAAUCGUAUAUUACGAGAAACUCUAGCAGCGUUUGUUGACGACGCGUAUGAGCCAUCCUCUCUUAAGUCAGAAGAACAGCAGGACAUUUCUGCUGAUGGAACUUUAAACGAAGAAAAGAAGCUUUAUAUUCAGAAAUCGGAACAGCAAUAGGCACCUGUGACCGAUAGCGUAGGAGCAUUAUAGCACACUCGUAGUGCAUGACAGCAGGUUCACAAAAAAAAGCAAAGGCCAAAAACAGGAUUCACGAGAGCAGAACCGUUGGACCGUUAGUUCCGUAUAUAAGGUGCACAAGAAACUCUCUCAUAAAAUAUAUUUUUGUGAAAUAACCAUUUCUCGAAUUUCAUUUAUUACUGGUUAUAUAUGCAAUUAAAAUGGAGCAGAAGAGUUUUAAAAAUAUGAUAUGUACACUUAUUUCCGCAUCGAAAUUAUGUAGUUUCUGAUUUAGUAUACAGGUGGAUACAGGUAUUGUUCCGCGCCUAAUAUAUAAACAAGUUGCUCAUAUUUAAAGUAACCUUUCUUUGAGUUGAUCAUUAGCCAACCUUGUACCCAUAAUUUUAGUGCUGGUUCCCUUAGUCGAAAUAUGAAUAGAGGGGAAUUGUACGUAAAGAGCAAAAAAAAAAACGUAAAAAAUAUGUUUUAACAAUGUAUGACAAAACCUUUUUUCGAUUUCAUAGUCACCGUUCUGCUAAGAGAAUUUCGUAGUUUAGUAAAUGUACCUAAGAUUAAUAAACGAUUUCUAAUCAUUUGUGUGA